CGCCGUAGGCAAACACUUUUAUGCCGUAAUAGUCACUUUCAACAAUCUCAAUCAAAAGGAUUAAAAGUCUCGGCGAGGAAGCUUGCGUCAAGGCUUCAAAAACUUCCUCCUACAGGCGACGGUUCCUUGGCAGAACAUUUUAGCUAUCAGAUGGAGAGCAUAACUAAGUGGGACUUAGGAUCACUCAAAAGGCAUUACUCCGUUGAACCUUACGAAAAUUUUCAACAAGACGAGUAUCUAGUCGAUGGUAGCCUCGUUCCUCGUCUUCAAGCCGAGUUAUGGAAGGCUCAAUCUAGAAUCAAAGAGCUUGAGACAGAGAAGUUUGGAUCAAAGGAAAUUGUUAGAUGUAUCAUCAGCAACCAAAGAAAGCGCCGUGAAGAAAACACUGAUCCACUUGUUGAUUACUUGAAAGAUAAGUUAAGAAAAGAGAGGGACGAAAGGAAAAGAGCUAAUGCUGAGAAUUCUAGGUUAAAGCAGAAGAUGUUGGACAUGGAGUCAUCAGUGAACCGGUUGAGGAGAGAAAGAGACACAAUGGAGAAGGUGUGCGAGGAACUGGUGACGAGGGUCGAUGAGUUGAAGGCACAGACAAGGAGAGUUUGGGACGAGACAGAAGAGGAGAGGCAGAUGUUGCACAUGGCUGACAUGUGGAGGGAGGAAAGGGUUAGGGUUAAGUUGGUAGAUGCGAAACUUGCGAUGCAAGAAAAGUAUGAGGAGAUGAAGUGGUUUGCGGAUGAGUUAGACAAGUGUUUGGAGAUGGCGAGAGAAGUGGGAGGAAUUGAGGAGAUGAGGUUGAUAAGAGGUGAAGGUUUGAUUAAGACGGCGAGAUCUAUGGAAGUUGCAGCUAAUAAGAUUGAUUUUGAGAGAUUUCAGUUUGUGUCUGAUGAAGAUAAUUAUGUU